CUCCCUCUCGCCGAUACCCACGCGAACACUGCCAACAGCCGUCAGUCUAUCGGCCGAGUUCGACGCGACACAAUCGCCUCCUCGUCUGUGCCCAUUCAGUAUUGUGCCAUACAUAGCUGAUGUUAAAAGUUCGUGUUUGAAUACAAUAACCGACAUGUCGACUCUCAGUCAUCACCCGUACGCGUUCUCGAUGCACCCUGGCAUGUUACCGGAGUACCCGAGCGCGCCGCAGCCGCUGCCGGCCUCGUCGCCGCAGUCCGAGGGACACAUCAAGCGGCCCAUGAACGCCUUCAUGGUCUGGUCCAGGCUACAACGUCGCCAGAUCGCCAAGGAUAAUCCGAAGAUGCACAAUUCGGAGAUAUCGAAACGGCUCGGAGCCGAAUGGAAGCUGUUGUCUGAAAUGCAGAAGAGACCAUUCAUUGACGAAGCAAAACGACUCCGAGCUCUCCAUAUGAAAGAGCACCCCGACUACAAAUACCGGCCACGAAGGAAGCCCAAGCCACCGACAGCGGGAGGAGCUCCGGGCGCUGGAGCUUUCCCGAGCUUUCCACUGCCUUACUUCGCGGGUCCAGCACCGACCGUUGGACCGUUGGACGCCCUUUCAUAUUCGGCAGUGCCUCCAUACUUUCCACAUCAGCUGGAUCACUUGCAAUUCUCAAAACUAAUGGCUCCGACCGAGAAGUUGCCGACGGCAUCUUCAGCUGCCGCUGUGGUGUCGUCGUUCUAUUCAUCACUCUACACACAGCCGGCCGCACCUCCGAAGCCGUUCCCAUCUCCUCUGUUCCACCAGUACGGAGCAGCGCCGGCUUCUCCUGUGUCUCCGGUGACUUCCACGCAGCACAGCCCUCACGACGACCAGCUCAGGCGGCCGGUUUCAGUUAUAUAUUGAAGACCAACCUGCCUUCCUUGAAAGAUAUUCCCCAGUCCUUCAGGGUUCGGCGGCGUGUGCAGUGUCAAAGACGAUAUAAGAAUCAUAUGAACAUUAUUUAUUAUUUUAGUAUUACGCUUAGUUGAAUAAUGAGACACGAGGAUUUCGUAACGAGCGGUUUGUAAAUAUGUUGAAAGUUAAUUGUAGGCCCUUUAGUGGGCAUGGUUUAAGUUUACUUAACUGUGAUUUUUGUUUCGAUUCGUCUUCAGAUAUAUAAGUUUAAUAAAUAUUUGUCAGUGCGAAGUGAGAACGGUACCAAAAAGAGAUUAUUCUUGUAGUUGUCACUAUUUAGAUGUAGUUAACACUAAACGAUCCAGACUAUUUCUGUCGUCAACUUGUAUCUGUUAAGUUUGUCUAACGCUAUCCAGUGUUUGGACGGCUCGUUUUAUUGUCUUAUUUAUUGUCAGUGUAGACGGAAAAGCUACGAUUUGUAAAUUAGUUGUUUUAAAUGUAAGUUAGCUCACACCAAUGUAAAUAAUACUUGAUAAUUCUGAAUCGAUGUCAUAAAAAACUAUGUACUAUAGAAAUGAGUAAAAAAAUGAUUUGUUAACGAUAUGCGAAUAAAGUGAAUUGUUUUUAUUUUA